AUGGACGCUGUGUCCUGGCGUAGAUCCUGGGAGAGCUUCUCCGUGUACGAUGCUGGCAAGGGCGAGAUCGCUUUGCACUGCGACGUCUUCAAUCGCUUUGUCCGCAUGCGGGAUAUUGAUAAGGUGGAUGCCAGCGGCGCUUCCAAGACUCUUCCGGCCGGCUGGACGUGGGAGCGCUUCAAGCCCGUCCAGGUCCUCCUCAAGCCCGGCAGCGAGAUUGCUCUGCACAACUCGAUCUUCAAUCGGUUCAUGCGAAUGCACGGUGACGCCAACAAGAUGGAUUCCUCAGAUGUGAAGAACAUCAAUGCGCUGCCCGAUGGGUGGACCUGGGAGCGUUUCAAGGUGGUCGAAGCUGGCUUCGGACAGGUCGCCCUCCACAGCAGCAUCCACAACCGCUUUGUGCGAAUGUGGGACGGGGACAUGGAUCGAAGUUCGAACAAGGAUGCCGGUGCCUUGCCGGAUGGCUGGUGGGCAGAGCGCUUCACAGUGGUUGACUGCGGCGGCGGCAAGGUCGCGUUCCAUAACGCACGCUUCAACCGCUUCGUUCGAAUGAACCAUGGCGACAUGGAUCGCAGCGCGACGAAGGCUGGGGAUGCGCUGCCCAGCGGAUGGACUUGGGAAUGCUUCACACCCAUUGAGGCGUUUACUUGCAAGACUGGAUCUGGCAGUAGCUGCAGGAGUUGCGUUGCACCCGGCUCGCGAACCGCCACGGACCACUGCAACAGCUGCAACGCCGGCUAUGCUCUCGUUGGCAGGGUGUGCAAGAGCGAGCACGCCGUGACCAGCGCUCCGUCGGCGAGAGGCGACGACAAGACCACCACAGCGACGUGCCCGGCUGGCAUGUACAUCAAGAAGUGCGAGGUGAUCAAGGUCGGAUCUGGAAAUCUGGCAGACGGUGCCGUGGUCAGCGACGAUGCAACGAAGUGUACCGCACAGAGCACGUUCCCAGACAUGCGCGUGAAGGCCAAGGCCUCCUGCAGCACCAAGAAGACCUACGCCAUCUCAACUCCUACGUGGCGGACAGGUACCAAGACGGCUUCCUGUGCCAAACCUCUGUCCUGCAACUGUCGAUCUGCGUGGAGAGUCAAGGAUCAGUGCUGGUCUGGCCACCAGACGGCUGCCACCUUUAACCCUUCGCAGGGCAAAUGCACUCGAAAGUCCGGCAGCAAGGGCAUUCAGGUCACGGCUGUGUGCGAGGUCCUGGCAUGCAGCACUGGCGCGAACGCCGGCUGCAAGAGCUGCGUCGGGGAAAGGGACCGCCAGGUGGUGAACCAUUGCGCGUCGUGCAACCCGGGGUACUAUUUGGACGGCGGUGUCUGCAAGGCCUAUUCCUGCCACAAGACACUCGGCUCGGGCUGUGCCAGCUGCCGCGCUCAGAACCAGCGCACGGCGCACAACCAAUGCGCCAGCUGCAACUUCGGUUGGGCGCUGGUGGGCACGCAGUGCAAGGAUGAUCACGUCGUUCUCAGUGGGUUUUCGGGCAGCCGCGAUGACGACACCACCGCAGCCACUUGCCCUAACGGCAUGUACGCACACAAGUGUGAAGUUGUGGAAGUGCAGGGAGCAGGAGGUGGCCGAAGGCGCCGCCGCGGACAGAACAGCAAGCUCGGGGAUGGCCUGGAUGUGCCGAACGCGCAGACCUGCACAGCGAUUACCACCACGGGCGUCAAGCUGAAGAGCAAAGCCCACUGCAGUACCACCGAGACGGUCAUUGCAGACAGCGGCAGUCGAUGGAAGAAGGGCUGGGUCGAGGUUGGAUGCAGCAAGGGUGAUGCGGUCAGCUGCACCUGCUGGUCUGCAUGGCGAGUCAACGAUUACUGCAAGGCGGGUCCAAACAACAAUGGCUGGGCCGCCACGUUCAAGCCGAUCCGCGGGAAGUGCAAGCGCUUCUCUCCUGGCGGUGGACACAGAAUCAAGGUCCACGCUAUCUGCUCCAUGGAGCGAUGCAGUAGCUUCGCAGGAUGCCCGGAUGGUUAUCAUUCCAAGCCUCUGACAACCAUCGGUUCCAGUGUGGAUGGUUGCUGUACGCCAGCAGCCUGUCCAGCUGGCUCCACUGGCACAGACGUUCCAAGUGGCUGCACAUGCUCCGCAGGCUACACUGGCUCCAUUGCUGUCAGCGGCAAGUCUCCAUUCUACACAGGCAGCUGCGCUGCUGUGGAUUGCCCGGACAACUCCGAGGGCAGCAACGUGCCGAGUGGCUGCGCGUGCAAAGCAGGCUACUCGGGCAAAAUCACCGCUACGAGCUCUUCUCCGUUCUACAGCGGCACCUGCGUUGAGACCUGUGCGCUCUUCACCUGCCCCAAAGGCUACAAGCCCAAAGCCAUCACAACAGUGGCGAACUCUCUCAGCGGCUGCUGCGAGCCAGUGGAUUGCCCUGCAGGAUCCUCCGGCACUGCCGUGCACAGCGGUUGCAGCUGCGACGCCGGCCACUCCGGCACCAUCAGUGCAACAAGCUCCGCUCCGUAUUUCUCCGGGACGUGCUCAACUGUGGCGUGCCCCGACAACUCUGAAGGGGCUCACGUGCCAUCGGGCUGCACCUGCAACGCUGGCUAUUCCGGCGCCAUCAAGGCCAGCAAGGCGUCCCCUUUUUACACGGGAUCCUGCGCAGCGGUCGCGUGUCCAGCAGACUCUUCGGGCAAGGACGUGCCCAGCGGCUGCAGCUGCAAUGUUGGCUUCUCCGGCAAGAUCAAGUCAUCGGCGACGUCGCCAUUCUACACGGGCAAAUGCGCGGCCGUGGACUGCCCUGCUCACUCUUCCGGCAGCAACGUACCUGCGGGCUGCGCCUGCGACGCCGGGUUCAAGGGAUCCAUCACGGCAGCUGCAUCAAGCCCGUUCUACAGCGGCAAGUGCGAGGCAGUCGCGUGCCCCAAGCACUCCACAGGAGCUGACGUUCCUAGCGGCUGCAAAUGCAAGAACGGCUACAAGGGUCAGAUCAAAGCCGCGACGGCUUCGCCGUUCUUCACCGGCAAAUGCACACCAGUGGGCUGCCCCGACAAUACCGAAGGCAACAAUGUGCCUGGGGGAUGCGACUGCCUCGCAGGCUUUUCCGGAGAAAUCGAGGGCGAUGAUUCGAGGCCCUGGUACACCGGCAAGUGCGAAGCGCAAGCCUGCCCUGCGGGCUCUUCCGGCACAGACCUUCCCAGUGGCUGCACCUGCGAUGCUGGCUACUCCGGGAGUGUCACGGCAGUGAAGACCUCGCCCUUCUACAGCGGUGGCUGCACAGCCGUGAGCUGCCCAGCCAACUCCAAGGGCAGCAACGUUCCGUCCGGAUGCACCUGCAAUGCUGGCUAUGUCGGCAGCAUCAGUGCGGCCAGCAGCUCGCCGUUCUACUCCGGCUCGUGUGUUGCCACCUGCAGCCUCUUCAGCUGCCCCAAGGGCUACCAGCCCAAAGCCGGCAGCACCGUCGGAAACGACCUGGCCACCCGGCUGAGGUUCUACCACAGCACCUGCGAGGCUGUGGCCUGCCCCGCCUUCUCCACGGGCAAGGAUGUCGCCUCCGGCUGCACCUGUGACGCAGGUCGAGUGCCCGGCCCACUCCACGGGAACGGUGCCCAGGGGCUGCAAGUGUCAUGCCGGCUACUCCGGCACCAUCUCGGCCACCUCUGCGGCGCCUUUCUACAGCGGCAGCUGUCAGCCUGUAGCAUGCCCUGCUCACUCAACAGGAAGCAACGUGCCGAGCGGCUGCGUGUGCAAUGCCGGUUACGCAACUUGGCGCGGAGUUUUGGCCGGGGUUCAACGGAAUUCAACCAAAGAUCAGGAAGUCUCAGUCUCAGCGCUGCUAAUUGGCCAAAUGAAACUUGUGACGAAAAAAGCCUGGCCGCGCAUCCAAGGCGGGCAAGAUCACGGCGUCUUCGCAGCUGGGCCAAGAGUAUGUGUCAAUGCGGGUAUGAGGAAGUUCCACUUGGAAUGUAG